AUGCCUCGACGAAUUUUGCGUGACCCAGUGCGUGGUUGGCGCGGUUGGGAGGAGACAGUGAACCAGGUGACGCAGAUGAGUCUGGUCUCCAUGUAUGCAACCAAGAUCAACAAUGGCCAAGCCCGUCACAAGGGCGAGGUGACCUUGAAGCAGAUAGAGGAUGAUCAGAAACUAUUUGAGAUCAAGUCCCAGAGAGAGUUGAAUGGAUUACGAGCCGAAUUCAAAGAGAUGUUGGCUUAUAAAAGGGUUUACGCCAAACACAGAUUCAAGAAUUACGACAAGACGAAGAACGCACAAUCCGAGACGGCGGAGACGAAGGACAAAACGACUGGAAUCGCGUAUCCGAAAGAUCUAAAGGAGGAUGUUGAGAGCAGUGAUUCUGACAGUGACUCGGACUCUAAUUCUGACUCUGAUAUGAGAAAUCCACACGCCAGGACGUUUGAUGGCGUAACGCCCAGGCAGACGACGGAACUGACGUCACAACCAGCCGUUCCAGUGGCAGAACCCAGCUUCAUGCCUGUUAUUUUGGCGAAACCACGGCCUUCUAUAUUCACACUACCUAAAAAGAGGGACUUGGAUUUGAUAUCUUGGUCUGAUAUAGAUGAUGACACACCAAAGAAGCUAGGAAUCGAUGUUAAACAACAACUCAAGUCAUCUCUCCCGCCUAUGACUCACAUGCGUCAUGUGAAGGCGCUCUACGGACGCCUCUAUGGGAAGAGCAGUCAAUUCCUCAGGAGCCUCUCCUGUCGUCUGCAGAUCUUCCCGGGAGAUUCUAAAAACACAUUCAUGUUGAAGAGGUUCCUGAAGGGAGAAGUCGAUGGCGUUUUGAACCAAUGGUCGCCAAGCUAUAGACGACAGUCUCAGAUUGAGAAACUAAAGGAGAACAGCCAGCUACCGGAUGUGAUCAGUUAUGAUAGGACUACGUCUGCUAUCUUCAGGGACUUCCGGUCAUUCCAGGAUGAGAAGAAGACGAAGACACGAACGCUGUCUCUGCCUGCGAUGGAGCUGAGGAUGGUGCGAGCCCAGAGACCGAAACCUGUCAGGAGGGCCAAUACCCUCCCAGCCGUCUAGAGCCAUCACAGCCAGUGGUCGAAGAAGAGUUCAAACUUUGUGAGGAGGGCCAAAGCCCUACCAGCUGACUUCAUAAUCGUUUCUCUUAUGAGCCAGUCUGGUGAUGCGUUCUAAAGAACUGAAAGUUAUGUCGCGUCCCGCAUCUACUCAUGUCUGAUGCACUUUCUAUCGAUUAAAAAAGGCUGUCACGGGACGGACGAGACUUAUACGACUGUGUCUUCAAUUGAGGUUGUGACACUGUCCUGCCUUGGAGGUACAUAAGAGAUCCUACCAUGGAGAUAUAUUUUGAUGUAGUGACAUUGUCCUGCCAUUAAUGUAUAUUAGAGUUCUUAUCACGGAAUUUUGAUGUUGUGACAUUGUCUUGUGCGGUCAUGAGGGAAAUAUCUACACUUCUAACUUCAACGUUUUGGACAAAUGCUUCCUAAUACUAAGGUGUAAGACUUCGUUAAGAGUAUUUUCUUGUAAUCUAUACGAGAGCUUUCCCUCCCGAGGCCCUAAUUUCUAUAUUGAUACGAACUUUGCGAAAAGGCCAGAUUCUUACAUCAACAGGGCUCUGUGCCAAUAGGAACAACACUAAUCAACCUGUCCUUGUUGGUACAGUUUAACUUCCUAAUAAA